AUGGACUCCUCGCCGUCUGACCUAACCCUAGACUACACCCCCAACGGCAACGGCACGGCAGCUGCCGCCGCCGGCUACCCGAAGCAGGCGUCGCCGGUCGUGGACCACCACCAUCAUCUCUCGGCGGAGCAGGCGACGACGCAGAAGCUGCAGGAGUUCCUGGCCCGCCUCGACGACGAGCGGCUCAAGAUCGACGCCUUCAAGCGCGAGCUCCCGCUCUGCAUGCAGCUCCUCAACCAAGCUAUGGAGGCCUACAGGCAGCAGCUGGAGGCGUGCCAGAUGGGGAGCCAUGGCGGCGCGGCGGCGAGGGCGCCGCUGGUGCUGGAGGAGUUCAUCCCGCUGAAGAACAUCGGGAUCGACGCGGCGGAGAAGGCGGCCGGGAACGCGCCGUCGGAGAAGGCGAACUGGAUGGUGUCGGCGCAGCUGUGGAACGGGCCGGCUGCGGGGGACGCGGCGGCCAAGGGCCCCCAGACUCCCAAGGAGCGCUCGGAGCACCCGCUCGACACGAGCCCCAUGCUCGGCGGGCUCGACGGCGGCGGCGGCAACGGUGUCGGCGCCUUCCUCCCGUUCACCAAGGAGAAGGCCUGUAUGGCGGAGAGCGCGGCGCUGCCGGAGCUCGGGCUCGCGCCCGCGGAGAAGGACCGGGAGGCUGACAGAAAGCCGUACCACGACGACGGCGGCAGCAACGGCACUGUAGUCUCGCGGAGAGACGUCGGUGCACCACCGACGUCGACGCCGCCGGAAGGGCAGUCGGUGCCGCCAGCUCCGCAGACGAACCGGAAGGCCCGGCGGUGCUGGUCGCCGGAGCUGCACCGCCGCUUCGUCAAUGCCCUUCAAAUCCUGGGCGGCGCUCAAGUGGCGACCCCGAAGCAGAUCCGAGAGCUGAUGAAGGUGGAUGGAUUGACCAAUGAUGAGGUGAAAAGCCAUCUCCAGAAGUACAGGUUGCACACGCGGCGGCCGAUGCCGGCACCGUCGGCGCCGCCGCCGGGGGCACCGCAGCUGGUGGUUCUCGGGGGCAUAUGGAUGCCGCCGGACUACGCGGCGCAGGGGGCGGGACCGGCCGGCAUCUAUGGGGCGCACCCGGCAACGCAGGCGCACUACACGGCGGCAGUGUCGGCGCAGGAGUACUACCAGAACGCAGCCGCGGCCGCCCACCACGGCCACCACAUGCAGCACCACCAGGCGGCCUCCAUGGUGCACCACCGCGCGGUGGCACCUCCGCCCCCGCAGCCCGCCUACAAGGUGCACCCGUUGUCCGCAGCAGGGUCCCAGGCGUCAUCGGAGGGCCGGCGUAGCAGCGGCGGCGGCAGGGAGAGGUCGGAGAGCAUUGAGGAGGAGGGCGAGGAGCGGGAGGACGAGGAGGACGAGGACGAGGACGGCAUGGCGGCGAACGGCGACGCCGAGCAGAUCAACUACUAA